CGAACCAAAGUAGUCGGACGGGACCAGAUCAGGGCUAUAUGGUGGGUGUUCAAGUCUUUGAAGCCUCAUUCGUGUACAUCAGCCUUGGAGAGCUAAACGGUGCGGACUGGAGCAUUAUCAUGAAGUAAGCGCACACCUUGGCAGAUUUUACCGUGCCUUUUUUCGAUAAUUUGGGACGCAAUUGCCUUAAUGGAUGACAUAGUGUGGGCUCGUGACCAUACAGAUGGUUACAUUUUGGGAAGAAUAACAGAACUACUAGAAGAUGGAGUUGAAGUUACACCCCAAAGUUCCAAAUUACCCAAAAGAUUUCUACCGUUCAGUGAAAUAUUUAGAGCCAAUCUAGAUGACAAUAAAGAUUAUGAUGACAAUUGUGAAAUGAUGUUUCUUAAUGAGGGAUCACUAUUAAAUAACAUACGCAUACGUUACUACAAAGAUAAAAUUUAUUCGUAUGUUGCCAAUAUUUUAAUAGCUGUUAACCCUUACAAAGACAUUCCCAUAUUAUAUGCCCCAGAAACCAUAAAAAACUACAAAGGGAAAUCUUUGGGCCAACUACCACCACAUGUAUUUGCAAUUGCUGAUAAAGCCUAUAGAGAUAUGUUAGUUUUGAAGCAAUCACAAUCUAUAAUAGUUAGUGGAGAAUCUGGUGCUGGAAAAACUGAAUCCACGAAACAUUUACUGAAAUUUUUAUGCGACAAUUGGGGAGCUGAGGUUGGUACUCUAGAAAAGAAAAUCUUAGAUGCCAAUCCAGUAUUAGAAGCAUUCGGAAAUGCUAAAACUACAAGAAACAAUAACAGUUCAAGGUUUGGUAAAUUUAUAGAAGUUCAUUUCGAUAACAAAUUUAAAGUAGCCGGUGGUCACAUAUCCCAUUAUCUUCUAGAAAAAUCUAGGAUAUGUUCAGCUGAAGGGGAUGAAAGGAAUUAUCAUAUUUUUUAUUUGUUAUUGGCUGGAGCUCCAGAUAACUUGAGAAGCCAAUUGAAUCUUACGCAACCCGAUGACUUUAAUUACUUAAAACAUGGCUGUACGAAAUACUUCACUUCAACAGCUACAGAAAAAAAAUUGGAUGCUAGCCGAAAAAGUUCUGAUCAUAAAAAAGGGGCGCUUAAUGAUAUUCUUUUGGAUGAUGUAAAUGGUUUCCUGGAACUGGACCAAGCUUUGUCACGAUUGGAAAUCAAUGAAUCCGACAGACAUUAUAUAUAUUCAACAGUGGCGGCUGUGCUACAUUUGGGUAACAUUGAAUUUGAGGAUAAUCCCGAAGAUACGAGGGGAGGAUGCAGAGUAAUUGCUUCAAAAGAAAAACACUUACUUAUAGCAUCUAAAUUAUUAGAAAUCGAUCCCAAUGAACUUAAGCAGGCAUUAAUUUCACGAGUUAUGCAGAGUGCACGAGGUGGAAUGAAGGGAACUGUUAUUAUGGUACCUUUAAAAACUUAUGAAGCGGUUAAUGCAAGAGAUGCAUUAGCAAAAGCUAUCUACAGCAAUUUGUUCGACUAUAUUGUGAACAGGAUAAAUAAAAGUAUACCAUUUCAGGCAUCUACUUAUUAUAUAGGUGUCUUGGAUAUUGCUGGAUUUGAAUUCUUUACUGUAAAUAGUUUUGAACAAUUCUGUAUCAACUACUGCAAUGAAAAACUACAACAAUUCUUCAACGACAUGAUUUUAAAGUCUGAACAGGAAUUGUACAAAAGGGAAGGUCUCAAUGUACCAGAAAUACAGUUUGUUGAUAAUCAAGAUUGCAUAGAUGUAAUAGAAACUAAAAACAAUGGAAUAUUAACUCUUCUCGAUGAGGAAUCCAAACUUCCCAAACCCAGUUACACUCACUUCACUGAAGAAAUUCACAAAAUAUGGUCGAAAGAAUAUAGAUUGGGACUUCCUAGAUCUUCUAAACUAAAGGCACAUCGCAACCUUAGGGAUAACGAGGGUUUUUUGAUAAGACAUUUUGCUGGUGCAGUUUGUUAUCAAACAAAAUAUUUUAUUGACAAAAAUAACGAUGCUCUCCAUGCAUCCCUUGAAGGCAUUAUUCAAGAAAGUGGGAAUAAAUUUAUACAAGCAUUGUUUUCAACUUCAAGUACUAUGAAAGGCAAACUUACAUUUAGCAGUGUAGGAAAUAAAUUCAAGAUUCAACUAGGAGAAUUAAUGGAGAAAUUAAGGAGCAACGGUACUAAUUUUAUUCGUUGUGUAAAGCCAAAUUCUAAAAUGGUGGAUCAACAGUUUGAUGGAAAUUUGAGUUUAAUGCAAUUGAAAUGUUCCGGAAUGACAACUGUUUUAGAACUCAUGGAAUAUGGGUAUCCAAGUAGAACAUCCUUCAAUGAACUUUAUCAAAUGUACAAACAAUAUAUACCCAAAGAACUAACAACUCUGUCGCCUAAACAAUUCUGUGAAGCAAUGUUUCAUGCUUUGAAGCUCCACGACAAGGAUUUCAAAUUUGGUGUAACAAAAGUUUUCUUCAGACCAGGAAAAUUUGCCGAGUUCGAUAACAUCAUGAAAUCUGAUACGGAAAAUAUGAAAAAUAUAAUAGGACAAGUGAAGAAAUGGUUAGUUAAAUCUAGAUGGAUUAAAGCACAAUUCUGCGUGCUAACGGUGAUCAAAAUGAAAAACAAAAUUGCUUGGAGAAAAGAGGCCCUUAUUAUUGUGCAGAAAACUAUUAAAGGUUAUUUGGCAAGAAAACAACACCGCCAUAGAAUAUUAUCAUUGAGAAACAUCCGAAGUUUGAACACCAAUUUAAAACAAAUUGAACAGAGCGCCCAACAAUUGAAAAAAGAUAAAGAUUUAGUUACAAAUGGCAUUAAUACUUUGAAAACACAGUUUGACGCAGCUAUAGAUGCAAUCAAGAAAAACGAGAAAAUGGACAAGGCAGCAAUUGAGGAUUUGUAUAAAUCCCUAGUUGACAAAGUAAAUCAACAAAUGGCAUCGCUACAAAAGAAAAUCCAAGAACAGAAGAUCGCCGAAGAGCAGGAACGUUUGAGGAAGAUACAAGAGGAACUAGAGAAACAGAGAAAGUUGAAGGAAGAAGAAGAGCGAAGAUUGAGAGAGGAAGAGGAAAACAGAAGACUUAAAGCUGAGAUGGAAGCUAGAAGGAAGAUAGAGGAAGAAGAAAGAAGGAAGCAGGAAGAAGCUGAUAGAUUAUUGGCAUUGAAACUUAAAAAGCAGCAUGAAAAAGAAGAGGAAGAACAAAGACGAUUGCAAGAACAAGAAGAACAGGAAAAGCAAGAUAGGGAACUUGCUCUACGCCUUGCGCAAGAAAGCAAUGGUUCUAUCGAAGAAAGUCCACCGAUGACACGCAACGGCACGGUAGAACCAGACAAAAUCAUCAAGUUGAACAGAUCAGAAGCUCACAGAAACCACCAAGCAUCUAUGGCCAACAGCAAGUACGAUCUAUCUAAAUGGAAAUACUCAGAUUUACGUGAUACUAUCAACACGUCCUGUGAUAUCGAACUGCUAGAAGCUUGCCGACAUGAAUUCCACCGUCGACUUAAGGUAUACCACGCAUGGAAGGCGAAGAACCGUAAACGUAACAUUAUGGACGAAAAUGGUCGCGCUCCACGUUCUCUCAUAGAAUCUGCUGCAAAAACUCCUCAAAGAGGUAUACAAAAACCUGUUUUAGACAAUAACACUCAAAGGUUUUUCCGUAUGGCAUUUCAGCGACCUGAUAACGAACCUGGUAGCCGUGGAUGGUGGUACGCUCAUUUUGAUGGCCAGUAUAUUGCCCGACAGAUGGAAUUGCACCCAAAUAAAGCUCCUGUAUUGUUAGUUGCAGGUAAGUUCUUAACAUCGAAUCAAAUACGAGAAAUUUUUAUCUUUGUACCUGUUUACGCCCACCAAAACCAACUUAAUUUAAACCGACAUCCCUACUCAAACUACCAGACAACAAAAUACUGUUUAAUUUUAAAUAAUAAAUUUAUUUGGAUUUUAUAUUUAUCAAAAUUUUGCUCUUGUACUUAAUAUCAGACAGAAAUUUGAAAUACUUAAAACUAAAGGAUAGAAGAAAAGAAUUGAUGCUAAUAGAGGAAUGAGACAUAUUUAGUCCAAGUAAAAUGAUAGUGUGUAGCGAAAAAAAUUUAAACAUAUCCAGAGAACCGUUUAGUGGAAUAAUGAAAUACUCAAACUGACGAAGAAAAAGAAUCUAGCAUAUAGAAAAAACGGAACUCAAAAAGACAGCGAAGAAUAUGACAGGAAAAUAAAUAGAGAAAAAGAGGUAUUUGAAGGAGUCAAAAUGGAAAGUUGGAAAAAUUUGAUUAAGAAAUUGAUGCAGCCCUAAAAAUAAAUAGCAAAAGAUAUUAUGGAGGAUAAACACAAACAGAUGAAGACAAAAGUAGAGGCAAAUAAGUAUAAUAUGAUAAUACUACAAAGAUAACACAAACAAAGAAAACAGAAGAGAUAACCAAAAAUAAUUAAUAAAAACAAACAAGAAAUUUGGUAAAAAAUAGGAAAAUGAAAUAGAGAAGAAAAUGAACACAUAAUGAGAAUGAUGAAGAAAAUAAUAAAAUAAACGGUAAAAAGGUAAAUUGGUUUGGACAUAUAAUAAGAAUGAACCAACACAAAAUGACCAGUAGAAUAAUGAAGGUAGAACAAGGAAAAA